UUUGGAAGGAACGUUCCUGACGUAACGUCAAAGCAGAAUCAGCUACGCCGGAUUUACUGCGCACACUUCACAACAAACAUGGCGGACGAUCACACAGACCCAGAGCAGUCCAUGGAGGGACACACACCUGUCUCUGAAAAUCCUCACGCUGAGUUCGGCCUGACAGAAAACCUGCAGCGCACGGUGGAGAACGAGAAGGCGAGCGCGGAGAAGCUGUCCAAGCAGAAGGUGGACCUGCAGGCGCUGCCGACCCGGGCCUACCUGGACCAGACCGUGGUUCCCAUCCUGCUGCAGGGCCUGUCUGUCCUGGCCAAGGAGAGGCCUCCCAACCCUAUCGAAUAUCUGGCGGCGUUCCUGCUGAAGAAUAAAUCCCAGUUUGAGGAGCGGAGCUAAAUCUGUUCUAGAAUCCAGAAUAAACAUUUUAAAAAUGGAA